AUGAUCUCGAAGCGGGGCACUCCUGAUGGAGUUCACAUCUUCUUUCCGUCAAGUCCUCGUCCUGUCGCUUCCCUCAGGUGUAUAUACAUCCGAGAGCAGCGUAGUAGGAGGCGUGGAACGCCUUUGUGCGGUUUUAUGCUCGUUGGCUGCUACACGGUAAUAAAGCAAGGCUGCUUCUCAGUGGUCGAACUUUUACCUUUUUCGAUCGGCUGUCCGUUUUUCCUUACCUUUUUUCCGGAGGGAAGCGUUUCACUGAUUCGGGGGCCGCAUUGUCGGCCGUCCGUCUCUCCUCCGCAGAGGCAGUCGGCAGCCAUGGCGAGCGCCGCUGCCGUUCCGGGCAGUUCUUUUCGCACUAGAUCCGCGGGACCUCGGCGCCUCUCUUUUCCUGGUAAAAGGUCUUGCAUCCCCGCAGAGACGUCUCCAGAACCCCGUGACUGUCGAGGGGAUUUGAGUUCCUCGCAGGAUUCCCCUUCGGCUCGGCGUGCCGGGCACGAAACAAGACAGGCCGGCGAUUCUUGUAGUGCUUUCCUCUCCCUUUUCCCUCUGGCGAAGUGGUGGGACUCCCCUACGAAAAUGGGAGGCAGUUGCCAGGACGGUGACAGCGGUGGAGCCUUUUCUGCCGGCACCGAUCGCUGCGCUGCCCAUCCCUCCAGAAUCGAACGUCCUUUCGAACGCAAGGGGAUUCGAUCGUGUACUUCUUUAUCCUCGUUUUCCUGUGUUGGGAAGAGGCGAUUUCGAGGCGAAUGCGCUGCCUCCUCUGGCCGACGGCUCGUAGCUCGCUCCGUUCUCCAGUCGUGCUUUGUUUUACUGGUUUUCUCCGUUCUGUCGCAACAGUUCUUCCCACUCUUCGUCUUCGCUUCUCAAUCGGGGAGCGGUGAACCAGCGUCUGCAUUUUCAGCCGCACCCCCUGAUCAUUCCGUUUCUGUCUCUGCCUCCCCGAAGGAGGCUGGGCGAAUCUCCUCUCAGGCCGAGCCCGCUCUCGCAGCGCAGUCGCCACCCGCGCCUAUCGCCUCGCGGAUCGUCGGACGAAAAGAGAACCUCGAACGCCUCGUUGAAUUCGAUGUUUUUCGGAACGACGAUGCAGAGGACGUUCGCUUGCUGCUCCUCCGCACCGACGAGUACCCCGUCAAGUACACCAGCUCUACGAUGCAGUACUUCUUACGCAUGCCGCUCUUCCAGCAGCUGAGUGUCGUCGCGCGCGAAAAGCAACCGGCCAAUCUCGGACAAAAGAGAAAACUCAUUGGCGUUGCUGGCACUGCACUCGACGAUCAAAACAUGGCCAACGUUAUGAUGCUCGCAAUCGAUAGCAGCUAUCGAAGAAUGGGACUUGGACGCGAGCUCCUUCGCCAAUCUCUCGAAAAAGCUUCUCUUUUUGCGCGUGGAAGCCACCAGAACCCCAAUCCGCGCUACCAGAUCCAGCGUGCCCGUCUCCAUGUGUGGGCUACCCAGGCGCCGCCGUUGUCCCUCUACCUGUCGACAGGUUUCACGCCCGUCGAGUAUCUCCCAAACUAUUACACGUCGCAAGAUAUUAAAGCAGGAUAUGACCUCCAGCUCUCCCUCCCGUACAAGUCUGUCGAGGAGCGGCUUCGCACGGCCGUUGCACAACAAGAGAAGCGUAUUCGGAUGUUGGAGGCGCGAGUAGAUCGUCUGUCUCCCGGAGCUCCUCGGUCAGGAGAGGCGAAGACAGCAGAGGCGCUGCCACCGGUUGUAGUUGUUCCGAUCCGAGACGCUUCAAAGGAAGAAGAGGAAAAGGUCACCGCGUUUCUCGCCGCCGUGGACGAGACGUUGCGUCAGUCGGCGCAGCAGGCCUUUGGAAACGCGCAACUUCGGGAUUUCGCUGCCUUCGCGUACGCCCCUUCAACUGGAAACGUGGUUGGAGUGCUGUGGAUUACGAAUUCGCCGAAGAACGGCGUUCUCUCCGGCCCCAAGACCGCCGUCAGCGAGUACGCUGAUUCAGACACGGUUCUCUACCUUCUCGAGUUCCUGAUGCUCGAGGCCGGGAAGCCGGAGCACGGCACGAUCCAGAAAAUCGUUGACCGCGUCCCUGCAGAGGACGUCUUGUCUCUCAUUCACCACUGGGAGGCGGGGUUUCGCUUCACCAACUUCGUCGAAGUGACGAACAAGGACGGCACGCGAUUGAAGGGAUUUAGCAGCUUCAGCGACAUGUUCGACUGGCAUAGGGACGACCGCAGCUUCGAACACGAAGUUGCCGUCGCAAUACCGUGGAGGAAACCCGAGGAGUUUGCCCUCACGCAGCGCGUCAAACUGAACAAGAACCGGCUCGCGCUGCUGAACGCCACGGUGAAGGAGCUAGAGAAGAAUCCGCCGCAAGCGCCGUCUGCCAUGGGCGCACCUGCUUCAACGCCGGGCGUCGAGGCUGAGUCUGUGCCGCUUCCCGAGUGGGAGGCAAAGAACCUGGAAGGCACCGAGCCUCACAACAGCGUCUUGGCGACGCAAGUUGCGGGAGAUGCUCACAAGUCAGCGGCUGCGCCGGACGCUUCCGGAGAGAUGGCCCUUGGGCACAGCGCGGACAGUGCGGCGUCGGUCUCGGCCCAAGAGGGCGAGAAGACCGUCGAACCGAAUGCAGGAAGGAAAGGAGAGGCAGAUGGAGCGAGAGAGGCACAUGACGCAGGACGCCAGGGGCCGAGUCCCUCGGAGAGCCAGGCAAGCGGGAAGCUCCUGAAGGGCGAAGACGCUGACGGAAUCUCUCCCCUCCUCCAGAACUGCACGUCGCUCCUGCUCAUCGUCACGUGUUUUCUGCUCUUUCUCUUGUGUUGCCGGCGGUUCUGUCAAAGAGCCAACCCGACGGACACUCGACCAGCCGUAGAGACGGCAGCUGCCGAGGCGACAGGCAGCGGGCGCAGGGUGGAGGCUGCGAGUCCUGGCGGCUUCAAACGCCCGAAAGCCAAGAAGGACGGCUACGUCCCCGUCGUGUUGCCGGUCGGCGCUCCGGACCCGCAUGACGAGGAAGACUGA